AUGUAUUUACAACACUCCAUUAGACCUCACACGUUUCCCUCGAAUAAAAUUUCAAAGGUAGAGGAGGAUAGGACCUCGCUGUCCAUACUGCCCAUCAAUAACUUCGAUAAUGGCAUUCGUUACCUUCAACGGAUUCUUCUAGGAUUCGAUGCCGACAAUCCUCAAAUAUCCUUCUCGAAUCCUGGUUUCUUGCCAUGGGAAGAGCAAGUUCAGUCUGUACAGAUGGCAAAUGGAGAUACGAGCGCUAUCCUGGUCGUUCCGGGCUUCGAAUCUCUCUAUAUAAUGGCAAAGGACAUAUGCUAUGUGAAUUACUUGCCCGCGGAGCUUCUUCGAGAGAUAUUUUCGUACCUCUUACCCGGUCGAGAUUGGAAGCUUGAGGAAACAUAUCCCCCGCAGCUUAUUCUCGCUCAAGUUUGCAGUUAUUGGCGAAAUAUCGCAAUUUCUGAUUCAAGGCUCUGGUCAACGUUCAUGAUCGUGCGGCCCGUAAAGCAGCACAUACCGAUGACCAAACUGUGGUUGGAACGAUCAGGACAACACCCACUGACAGUGUACAUUGACCAUCAGGGAUUGGAAUUCGAGGAAACCUUUGCUGCGACGGACGCUGUGAUUGACCUUCUCCGACCUCAUGUCCAUCGCUGGAAAGCCGUCACGUUCAUUCUCGCAUCCGGUAUCCACUCAUCAUUGUUAGCGCUUCCUCGCGAUGAGUACCCUUUACUGGAAACAUUAUGUUUCGAUAUAACUGAUGUUUACUGUUGGAGUCCGGAUGCUAUAGCGCGAGUUGAAGAAAACUUUUUUCCUUCUUCUUCCCCUAGGUUGCGGGAGAUUACGUGGGAAACACAUGGCUUGUCGCUGAAUAGUCCCCCAAUGGUUCCAUCCAAUAUCACCUACCUUUCGGGGGAUUUCCCAAUGCAUCACUCCUUUUUUGAAUCACUUUCGGAAUUGAAGAACUUGGAGACACUCCGGUUGCAUGGAAGCGCACGCAAUGGUAUUGUUACCCCUCCUCUUCCUACCCCUUUGGUUCUGCAUCGUCUACAAACUUUCGAGUUCCGGUCGGAUAUCCACACGCCAUUCUUGCUGGAUUCAAUUGUUACACCAAGUCUCAGAAUUCUAGUGAUAGCGAGGCAAAUCGACGAGAAAACUCAAAAGUCCUUGUGUUCUUUCAUUCAGCGAAGUUGUUGUCAUCUCAGCGCAUUUUCGUUUCUCAAUGCCUCAGGAGACGACCUGGAGAACCGAUUCUUGAAAGAAUUUCUUAUCUCUCCUUAUAUGGAAUUCCUCACCGAACUCAACAUCCUCAGCCGCAAUGCAGAUGCGGUGUUAAGGAUCUUGGUAGGAGGGGAUAGCAGUGAACCUGUUCUUCCCUCUCUAAAUCGACUAUGGAUUUCGACAAGGUGGUGCUCGGGUGAUCUUUUGAUAGACAUGCUAGAAUGUCGCGCACACAGCUUCUAUCCUCCUACCAGCACUCUGAUGUCAGAACCAUUGUUCGGCAUGAAUCAUCCUCACCCGAGUCAAUAUCUAUUCAUCCCUGUAUCGGGAAUAUCGCUCUGCAUUCAAGUUACUCGAUUUAAAUCCUGUUUUGAGGACGUUUCGACGUGGUUCGAAUCCAAUGACCGGGCCCAUUGGAGUAUGUUCACUGCAUCGGUGUAUUGGGAACCGGAUGCUUAG